AGCUCGUGUAAAUUAACCGAUAAUGACAUCGUAAAGGACCUCUUUGAUCUUUACAACUUUCACUUCACUCGUUGCAAAAGACAAACAAUUCACCAUCACCAAUAACUCACAAUGUCAUCUGAGCAACACGUCCUCUUUGAUCUCCCAAGCCGAGAUCCUGUCGGUGCUUGGUCUCUCAACCCAUGGAAGACUCGAUUUCUCUUGAACUUCAAGGGAAUCGAUUACAAGACCGAAUGGCUCGAGUACCCCGACAUCAAGCCCACUCUUGAGCCUCAUGUCCCCGCCAACCCAUCCACUGGAACAUGGACCAUCCCAACCGUCAAGUUCCCCAAUGGAGAAUACAUCAUGGACUCCAACGCGAUUCUCGAGCGCGUCGAGAAGGACCACCCUGAGCCCUCCAUUCACAAGGACUCACCCGUCCUCGCCAAGCUCUUCUCAAUCAUGCCGAAUAUUAUGGGCGCCCUUCGUCCUGUCUACUUCUACACCGUGCCCAACAACAUCCUCAGCGAAAAGAGCGUCCCUUACUGGCACGAGACACGAUCCAAGAUGGCCGGCCAGCCUAUUGAUGAGCUUCACAAGGAGAAGGGCGGCCAACAGGCUUGGGAUAACGCCAAGGCACAUAUCCACGAGGUUGAGGCUCUGUUGAAGGAGAACUCAGAGGGGCCUUUCUUCUUGGGAAAGACUCCUAGCUAUGCUGACUUUGUCUGGGGUGGCUUCUUGAUCUUCAUGCAGCGUAACAACAUCAUUGAGGAAGUGUACAAGAUCAGUGGUGAUAGCCAGCUUCACAAGGACCUUCUCGAGGCUACCGCUCCCUGGCACAAGCGAAAUGACCACUGAAGCAUACAUUAUCGAAGUUAUAGGGAUACAUGUUGACGAGAGAAACGAGAUACAGCUUAGAGAAAUAAAGUCACAAAAUAUACACCUCGAAAUAAAGCAACACUCAUCAAAGACUAGUUCCACCAUCCUCAUCAUCAAAGUCCGACUCCUCCAGACUGUUAUUCGGCGAGUCCA